AUGGAUGAGACGGAGUUAGUGGUUCCUUGGGAGAAGCAGCAACGUAUGCUUAACUCUUCCAAUCCACAGCCCUCGUCUCCAGUGCGCAAGAGCUUCUCUUACGCCGGUGUGUGGCAGGAUCCUGGCACGGCUCAAUCGGGAGUGAUCUGUACUGACGCUGCUACUGCAGCGGCGACUGCGGCCGCUACUGCUCCAUUUACAGUACCGCAUCCACCAGCAUCACUUCCGUCUACCUCCGAGGAGGGGCUCCCCUUGACAGGCUCUCUGGGGGCUCAAGGGUCCUCUACACGCAAGCCAUCGUCGGUUACUGAUCCCAUGACUAUCAUUUUUCAAGCUGGUGCAAAAAUGAAAUUUGUGCCAUUUUUUGCUAGACAGGGAGCUCCACCUUUGGCGCUAAGCAGUGAUGGGGAGGUAUCUUGCACUUUUAUCAGGCCUCUACUUGGGGGUAUUUCACGGGUCCAAGUGACCACUGGUGGUGGUGAAGUGGUUUUGACACAAUUCAAACUUCUGCUGCCCAUGAGUGCUCUUUGUCGUAAACGAGCACCACCAUCGCGAUCCUCCAUUCUGGUCAGCAAUGCCCAAAGCGAUUAG